AAUCCUGAGCCGCUAAGAUGAACCGGCGGCGUGUGGACUCUCAGGGGUCCUUGGGGCCCAACGAUGAGGUCAUGCCGUACAGCGACGAUGAGACCGAUGACGAACUGGACGAGACCUCUGAGAGUGAAGCCGAAGAGCCGCAAGAAGUCCCUCAGCCCCCGGUGGAGACACGACCCCAUGAGGCUGGUUGGAAGGUGAAGGCGAACGACAGAGCAUACCAUCAACUGCCGGAGUUCCAGAAGAAGAUCUUCCUGUGUAUAAAGAAGAGCAGAUAUUCUGGCAACGGCAUCAAGACGUACAAGUACAACGUGCUCACCUUCCUCCCGUUGAACCUGUACGAGCAGUUCAAGAGAGUGGCCAACAUCUACUUCCUGGCCCUGCUCAUCCUACAGGUCAUUCCAGACAUUACCACUCUGCCCUGGUACACCACCCUGAUUCCUCUGGUCAUCGUGUUGGGAAUCACUGCCAUCAAAGACCUGGUGGACGAUCUGGCACGCCACCGAAUGGACAAGGAGAUCAACAACAGGAAGUGUGAGGUUCUGCAGGAGGGCAGGUUUCAAGAAUCAAAAUGGAUGAACAUCCAGGUUGGAGAUGUGGUCCGCCUCAAGAAAAAUGACUUCAUUCCGGCUGACAUCCUGUUGUUGUCCAGCUCCAACCCAAACAGUCUGUGCUACGUGGAGACGGCCGAGCUCGACGGAGAGACCAACCUGAAGUUCAAGAUGGGCCUCCGGGUGACGGACGAGAGACUCCAGGAGGAGCAGCAGCUGGCUCAGUUUGACGCUCUGAUCGAGUGCGAGGAGCCCAACAACCGUCUGGACAAAUUCACGGGGACGAUGCUGUGGGACGGGGAGCGGUACCCGCUGGAGCUGGACAACAUGCUGCUCCGAGGCUGCAAGAUCCGAAACACGGACGUCUGUCAGGGACUCGUCAUCUUCGCAGGAGCCGACACUAAAAUCAUGAGGAACGGCGGCAAAACGAGAUUCAAACGGACCAAAAUCGACGAGCUGAUGAACUACAUGGUUUAUACGAUCUUUGCGUUGCUCGUCCUGGUGGCGGCUGGUUUGGCCAUCGGACACAAAUUCUGGUACGAGGACAUCGGCUUCAAGGCCUGGUAUCUUUACGACGGUAAAAACCAGUCGGCCGACUACAGAGGCUUCCUCAGCUUCUGGGGGUACAUCAUCGUCCUCAACACCAUGGUGCCCAUUUCUCUUUACGUCAGCGUGGAGGUGAUUCGUCUGGGCCAGAGUAAAUUCAUCAACUGGGACCUGCAGAUGUUUUAUCGAGAGAAAGACACGCCGGCGAAGGCUCGGACUACGACCCUGAACGAGCAGCUGGGUCAGAUCCAGUACAUCUUCUCCGACAAGACGGGCACUCUGACGCAGAACAUCAUGCAGUUCAAGAAGUGCAACAUCGCAGGGCGCAGCUACGGUGGCCCGACCACAGCUGAAGGAGUGUCUGUGGAAAAAAUAAAGCCUGUGGACUGGAGUUGGAACCGCCACGCCGACAAAAAGUUCACGUUUGAGGAUCACUUCCUGGUCACCAACGUAAAAUCCAAGAAGGACAAAGACGCCAUGGAGUUCUUCAAACUGCUGUCCCUCUGUCACACCAUCAUGGUGGAAAACAACGAUGGCCAGCUGGUGUACCAAGCUGCGUCGCCCGAUGAGGGCGCCCUGGUGACCGCCGCCAGGAAUUUCGGAUUCGUCUUUCUGUCUCGUACACAGGACACCAUCACCAUCUCAGAAAUGGGGAACGAGGCGACCUACGAGAUGCUGGCGCUGCUCGACUUCAACUCUGACCGCAAGCGCAUGUCGAUUGUCUUGAAGUUCCCCGAUGGCCGGAUUCGUCUGUACUGCAAAGGAGCCGACACCGUCAUCUACGAGCGACUGUCCCCGAACUCCAGACACAGAGAGAGCACCCAGAACGCUUUGGAUAUGUUUGCCAACGAGACCCUGCGGACGCUGUGCUUGUGCUACAAAGACAUCAGCGCGAGCGAGUACGAGUCCUGGUCCAGGAGACACAAGGACGCCCAGGUGACCAUGGUGGACCGCGACGCCGCCCUCGACCGGGUGUACGAAGAGAUCGAGACCAACCUGAUGCUGAUUGGAGCCACGGCCAUCGAGGACAAGCUGCAGGACGGCGUUCCUGAGACCAUUGCCAAACUGGCCAAGGCCGACAUCAAGAUCUGGGUCCUGACCGGAGAUAAGAAAGAAACGGCAGAAAACAUCGGGUACGCCUGCUCGCUGCUGACGGACGAAAUGCAGAUUCACUACGGAGAAGAUGUCAAUGAGAAGCUGACGAUCCGUCAGGCCAACAGGAGGAAUAACCCUCAAUCGACGAUUCGAGCCGGCAAAAAGAAACCGUCAGAGCCUUUCUUUCCUGGAUCGGGCAAAAACGCUCUCAUCAUCACCGGAGGAUGGCUGAACGAGAUUCUUUACGAAAAAAAGAAGAAACGCCGCCGACUUCGUCUUCGCCGUCUUGGAAAGCGACCUGCUCCCACCAACCCUCAGGAUGGACAACCAAUGGACGACAAGGAAAAAGAAAGGAGACAAAUCGACUUCGUGGACAUGGCCUGCGAGUGUGAAGCUGUCAUCUGCUGCCGCGUCACGCCCAAACAAAAAGCCAACGUGGUGAGUUUGGUGAAGAAGUACAAGAAAGCCGUGACGCUGUCCAUCGGGGACGGAGCCAACGACGUCAACAUGAUCAAGACUGCUGACAUCGGGGUGGGCAUCAGCGGCCAGGAGGGGAUGCAGGCCGUCAUGUCCAGCGACUACGCCUUCGCCCAGUUCUGUUACCUGCAGCGCCUCCUGCUGGUGCACGGCCGCUGGUCCUACAUCAGAAUGUGCAAGUUCCUGCGUUUCUUCUUCUUCAAGAACUUCGCCUUCACCCUGGUCCAUUUCUGGUACUCGUUCUUCAGUGGAUACUCCUCACAGGUGGCCUACGAGGACUGGUUCAUCACGCUGUACAACCUGGCCUACAGCAGUUUACCGGUUCUUCUGGUUGGACUUCUGGAUCAGGACGUGAACGACAAACUCAGCCUGAAGUUUCCCAAACUCUACAUCCCCGGGCAGCAGGGGACGCUGUUCAACUACAAGAACUUCUUCAUCAGUUUAUUCCACGGCAUCUUCGUCUCGCUCAUCAUCUUCUUCAUCCCGUACGGAGCCUUCCUGCAGACCAUGGGGCAGGACGGCGAGGCUCCGUCCGACUACCAGUCCUUCGCCGUGGUCACCGCCUCGUCUCUGAUCUUCACCGUCAACCUGCAGAUCUCUCUGGACACGUCGUUCUGGACCUUCGUGAAUUGCUUCGCCGUCUUGGGCAGCAUCGCCAUCUACUUCGGGAUCAUGUUUGACAUCCACAGUGCCGGAAUUCACGUCAUCUUCCCGUCUAUUUUCACCUUCACAGGCGCGGCGCCCAACGCGUUCCGUCAGCCGUACCUGUGGUUGACCAUCAUCCUGACGGUGGGCAUCAGUCUGCUGCCCGUCGUCUGCAUCCAGUUCCUCUACAAAACCAUCUGGCCCUCAGUCGGAGACAAGGUGCAGAGGAACAGGAAGAGGUACGAGAUGGAGCUGGAAGAGGAGGAGAGGAAGAAGAAGCCUCCGGCUUUCCAGCGCAACCGAGGGUCCCGUCGCUCGGCCUACGCCUUCUCCCACACCCCCGGGUACGCCAACCUCAUCUCGACUGGGCGGAGCAUCCGGCGGCGCCCUCAGGCCCGGGGCGGACCCCAGGAGACCAUCAGGGAGCGCCCGCGGAGAGAGGCCGAAAACAUGUGAGCCCGACGGGGCGGAACCGGAGCGAAGCUGGAGGAGCCGUCAACGUCCGGUUUUUAUUUCUGCGGAGCCGCCACGAGAAAAACUCGUAACUUUUGAACUGAGGUGUCUCCG